AUGGAUCAUAUAAUGCGACGUUCACUUUGGAGUCAUCUUAGCUCUCAUUUACACAAAGCCUAUAGCAGCAUUUAUGAAGAAAUGGACAAAGAAUUAUUUGGUGAUGGUGGUAAAAAUGCAGUACCGGUGUCAGUAUUAGUAGAUCAUAAGAAUUCCAGUUAUUAUUUUCUGAACACACAUGGAAUUGAAACAGUACAAAAGAUUCUUGCUGUUCUAGCACAUAGCAAUCCAGAUAUUACUUACAGCCCAGUCAUCCAGUCUUUGAUUAGCCUCUUAUUACAUUACAUGGAUCCUUCACAGUGCUACAAUACAGUUUAUGGACUUUUCCGGAAUAAGUCGGAUACAUUCCUAACUUUAAAUAAACUUUCCUACAAUGCAUCGAAAUUAGUGAUGCGUGAUCUCUCCAAAAAGUAUGCAAGAUCCAGUUAUUCAUAUAUUCAGCGAAACAGCACAAGUUCAGAAACAGUAUUCCAUGAUUGGCUUUGGUGGAUUUUCAGGGAUUUACCUUUCCAAUAUUUGGUUCGAGUGGUUGAUUGUUACCUCUUAGAAGGAGUUAAGGUGCUGCACAGAGUGGCUAUAGCAAUGCUUAUCUUAUUUUCAAAACAUGCAGUUAAGCAAUCUCCACAAACUGGCCUUGCACCUCAAGCCAGUAUUCAACAGUUUUGCCAUAAGCUACCAGUUAGAGGUGAUAAAUUCAUUAAGAUGGCAUUUGGUAUUCGUGGCCUUACAAGAAAAGAAUUAAGAAAACUUAAUGUGAAGAAUGAAAUGGUCAUUAACAGUCGAACCAAGAAUUUGACAACUUCUCCAUCAAGUUGGUCUUUAGGAGGUGAAGCAAAUGAAGGUCAAAGUACAUCAAAAGCAGGCCCUGGCACUGUACUCCAAUCAACAUCCUCAGCUGCCCUCAAUAUGGAAUUGACACGGAAUCGACGGUCUAUGUCUGUUGGCAUGGUUACCCUGCCGACCAUAGACUGUCAUUCUUUAACUCAGGAGGAUUUUUAUGUUAUCUGGAGUUGGUUACCUGCCCGCUCGGCUGUCUGCCAACCUCUCUUGUUGUACACAUCGGAAGAACAUGGCGUCAGUCUAAAGACUCUUUAUGCAAAGACAGAAGAAUAUGAACCAACUAUAAUUGUCAUUAAAACCACAUCAAAUGAGGUUUUUGGCGCUUUUUGUUCAUCUAGUUGGGAGCAUCGGAAACAAUGCAGCAAGAAUAUUUCUUAUUUUGGCACUGGAGAGACAUUUUUAUUUACUUUGCUACCAGAUCGUAAAAAGUACCCAUGGGUGGGUUACAAUCGUCCAGAUAUUGCCAGAAAUGCUGCAAGCAUGUUCAUGGCUGGAGAUAAUUCGGUUCUUAUCAUUGGUGGAGGAGGCGGCAAUGCUAUCAUGUUGGAUGAAAAUCUUAUUCACUGUCGUACGGAAAAGACUGAGACGUUUGAUAAUAUCCCACUGUGUUCUACUGAGGACUUUGAGUGUAAAGUUGUGGAAGUUUUCGCAUUCCAGUGA